AUGCACGUCUCAUUCCCUGCGUGGGACCCGUCCUCCAAGCUUGCUCAGAGAGUUCGAGACUUUGUCGCCAACGGAAACACUUUGAUCCUCGCGGGUAGAACGCUCAGCAAAGAAUUCCUCAACAGAUAUUUCUACAUGCACAUCCGAGAGGUUACGGGAGGAUACAAUCAUGGGCCGUGGUACAAGGCGAUGGGCAUCGACUCACAAUUUGAGUAUUCUCCACGGGUUGCGGGCAUCCCUCCCACCAGCACGUCCAUGUUCAACUCCAUCUGCUAUGAACUCGUCGCCGAGCUCGCUGACGGCAUCCCCGAUAUCGCGGACGGCGUCCGGAAGAAGCUCGACCUCCCACCCAAACACCUCGAGUUCAAGGAGAAGGCUGAGAGAGAUCUCGUCUACACUACAGCUCACCUUGGGUAA